AGAGGGGACGGGGUAGCAAGCAGAGGACAGUGGGAGGGCCGAAGUGAAAGAGGCAAAGGCAGGCAAAUAGUUUACAUCAUUAUUCCAGAAAGAUCCACCGCUGGCUCGAGUGCCAGGGGCCGUCGGUGUUGCUCUAUUUAAGUGCGCACGCAGAAGAGGCAGCAGUUUUCUGAGUGCUGCUAAGACCCAGACACAAAAUGGACAUCGCCAUCCAGCAUCCCUGGUUCCGUCGCUCCUUCUGGCCAUCCCUCUUUCCCAGCCGGAUCUUUGAGCAGCACUUUGGGGACCCCAUCUCUGAGGCCGAAAUGAUUCCCUCACUGUACUACCCACGACCUUCCUUUUUCCGCUGGCCAAGCUGGGUGGACAGCAGCCUUUCUGAGAUGAAAAUGGAAAAGGACCAUUUCUCCCUAAAUCUGGAUGUUAAACAAUUUAAACCAGAGGAGCUGUCAGUGAAAAUCAAUGGAGAUUUCAUUGAAAUUCACGCUAAACACGAGGAUCGACAGGACGAUCACGGUUUUAUCUCACGGGAGUUUCUAAGAAAAUACCGUGUCCCUGCUGGUACGGAUCCAGCCUCUGUCACUUCCUCCCUGUCUUCUGAUGGCGUUCUGACCGUGACAGCCCCUCGCAAGCACACAGAGGGCCCGGAGCGCACCAUUCCCAUCACCCGUGAAGACAAGCCCGCCGUGGCUGGGUCUCAGAAGAAGUAAAGCUGCUAGACUUCCAUGUUUCAACUUUAUGUCCCUUGUCUUCCUCCUGCUACAUUACAAGGGAAUAACUUAUUAGCCCAACAUUUCCUGACAAGCCAAAACUUGUUGUCUUUGCUACAGCGCCUAGAAAA